AUGAACGGCUUCUGGAAUAACCUUCCUGACCUAGAGCUCCUAGUCCAUGACAAAGUGUCCCUGGUACUGGUCCUCCAGGAGGUCCACCGGAUCGAGGAGAGCGCAAUGGACAACACCCUAAGGCAGCGAUACAAGUGUUUUAAAAUGGCCGCCACCUCCAUAUACCAUUCCGGAGCGAUCGGCGUGUCCGCCGAAACCGCGGCAACCAGGCUGGACAUCGACACGGACCUUCCAAUAGUCGGCGUCCGACUCGGCCUGCCGAUUGCCGUAUCCGUCCUGUCAAUCUACCUCCCCAACGAAAAACUCCCCGACCUGCGAAAUCGCCAUCAGGACGCCCUUCAUCAGGUUCCAGAACCGGUCAUAAUCAUCGGCGACGUAAUCGGACACCACCAAGCUUGGGGUGGCAGCAGCAACAACACCCGUGGCAACAGCGUCAUGGAGUAUGCCUGCGCUAACGAGCUCGUCAUACUGAACGAUGGAUCGUUAACGUUCCAUAGGGUAACGAUCAAAACGACGAUAGACAUCGCGCUCGCCUCAUCGAGCAUCGCCGCCCGCCUGCUGUGGCACGCGGUAGAGGACCCCCACGGUAGCGACUAUUCACCAACUGUCUUCACCCUGAACAACGCAGCCCACCGGAAACAACCCGGCGAACCCGUUGCUGAAAAGGAAAUCGGGACCGAAGCACACACCUCAAUGGAGGAAAUCUUUUCUGUGAUCAUCCAGGCUGCCUGCCUGGACGUUCCAAAAACCAGCCCCAAACCUGGGAAGCGCGCGUUCCAAUGGUGGGAAGAAGCUACCAAGGCGGUUGUAAAACUCCGGAGGAAGAAGCUCCGAGCCUUCAAAAGGACGAAAGACCGGCUCCCGUCCGAUCACCCGGACUUAGUACUGGCGAACGAAAACUAUAAAAACGCGCGGAACGCGUGCCGCCAGGAAAUACUCGUAGCCAAGGAGAAGUCGUGGAAGGAAUUUUUGGACUCCAUCAAUGAUCAGCAGUCGUCCGCUGCGUUAUGGCAGAAGAUAAGCGGACCACAAGGCAAACGAAGGGUAAAAGGCCUAUGCCUAACGGUCAACGGCUCGCCCACCAGAGACCAGCAAAUCAUCGCGGAAACCCUGGCGGAUUAUUUUGACAGGCUCUCGUCCAUCAAGACAUGUGCCGAAGAGGCAGAACGCCGGGUCUCACUCACCAUCUGCAACCGAGCCAUCGGGUAUCUGGAAAAGACCCGAGACAACGGGCAAGGCUGCUUCCUUGCCGGCCCUCCGAAACGCGGCCAAUACCACGCUUCCCCCGGUGGCGGGUCUCCACCGGCUUGGGCCGAGAUGCUAGUCGGUCAGGGCACCCGAAGUGGAUAA